UAAAAAUGAAGACUUUACAAGAAAGCGAUACUAAAAUGAACGAUUCAACGAUCGAAAAGAAAGGUAAAUUCAAUGAGUACAAGUUCAAGAACUCAGUGAUUAACAAGAAGAAGGUACCUAUCAAAGCUCAAAGAAAGCAGAAUCGAGACAAGAAGAAGAUGCUUAAGAGCAAAGGUACAGAAUAUAGUGCCAGACUCCUAUCCAGGAAGCAAAGAAGCAAGAAGAGGUCAAACGAUUCUGUAAAUAUCGGAACUAAAUUAGUAAAUGAGAAGAUCAGGAAAAUGAAAGAGCAACAGAAGAAGGACGAAGCUAUUGCCAAGGAAAAAGCUGAGGAGAAAGAAAAGACUACUCCUAAAGAAAUGCAGCUUGACUAGGCAUCAGCAUGAGUUUAUUCA